AUGGCCCCCCACUCGGACGACGAGGACCACGAACUCGCAGUCUACGGCGAAGCCUCCAGCUCCACAAGACCCCUCCUCAACGACCCCCGCAACCGCUCGCAACCGCCCUCGCAUUACAAGCCCCACCCGAGACGCCUGCUCAGAACCGUCAUCUUCAUAUCAAUACCCUUCCUCCUCGUGUUCAUCUACUCUCUCAUACACCCCCACGUCAGGGGGCUUCCACCGCUACCGAGAAUAUCAAUAACGUCCGGGGGCACAGUCAGUCAGCCCGACUACGAGGACAAGAUCACGCAAGACUGUCUAUGCGGCGCCACCGACGAGGGAGAACGGAUCUGCUCGCUCUAUCAUGAAGAGGGACUGCGGAAUACGAGACUUGUUCAGGGGUCGGGAAGUAGGAUGAGAAGGGUGCUGCAGAAGGCUCGCGAGGGGAAGAAGCUGAAUAUCGGCGUUUUGGGUGGAAGUGUCACUGCGUGCCAUGGUGUCCAUCCAAGUGCCUCCUUUCCCCAAGGAGACCCAGCUGGUCCAGGUUGUUGGACUACAAUCUUCAUCGAAUGGGUCCGAAAGACAUUCCCCGAUGUGCACCACCAUAUCAAGAACGGUGCUAUCGGAGGAAUGGAUUCGAGUUUUUACGCUUUCUGUGGUGCCCAUCAUAUCCCAGAAGACACGGAUCUCGUAAUUCUAGAAUUCGACGUCAACGACCAAAACGAUCCCCUCUACGAAGCAUUCUUCGACCAGCUCCUCCGCGCCCUCUCUGAAUUCCCCAGCGAGCCCGCCAUCCUCGUCCUCGGCGCCUGGUGCCCGCAAGUAGCGCACGACCAAGGCUACGGUGAUCCCCAAAUUGUCCAUUCACCCAUUGCGCUCUACUAUGACGUUCCGUACGUCUCGAUGAAGAGGCUCAUGUUCCAGCAUUAUAUGAGAUACCCUCUGUCGACUGCAAAGGCGUUCUGGCAGCCUGAUAUGGUGCAUCCCAAUGCGCGUGGGCAUCGAGUACUGGCGGACACGCUCAUAUCGUAUCUCGAAUCCGAGCUAUGCAUGCUCACGCGAUACGGCCUCCCCGUCGUCCCCCCCACAGAAGACACCAUCGCAUCCACCAAUCCCUUCACUUCCCUCGUCGACGUGCCCUUUGCGCUCGACACACUCCACCUCGUCGACCCCGUUACCCCGCCCGAAGGCUGGGAAGAGACUUUCGACCUCGCCCCCCUACAGAAACUUCGCGACGAGCGACGUCUCUUCGUCGUGCCUUCUUCCCCUUAUGCCAUCCCCCCCGUGGGCGUCUUCACCCCCCUCCGCGAAGUCGUCGACCCCCACAACCCCGACCCCUCCAGCGGCGCCCACAUCGAAGGUCUCCGCCAACCCCAACUCUUCUGCGCUGAUGCAAACGACAAGAAGAACCCGAUGACGCCGACGGUGGCGGAUGGGUGGGAACCGUUUGUGUGGAAUGGGGAGAAACAUUACUGGGUGGCUGAUAAGCCUGGGGCGAGGAUCAGGGUGGAGAUCAAGGUCAAUGCUGGAAGGGUUGCGGUGUACUAUUUCCGGAGUCAGCAUUACAACCUAGGCGACGCCAAGUGUUGGGUGGAUGAUAAUGAAGAAGGAGGAGUGCUGUUACAUGGGUACUGGACCAGGCAGUACAAUGUCGCCAUUGUGGCAUAUAUCGACGAAAAAGUCACCCCAGGCGACCAUUAG